UGGUCAUUUUUGACGUGUGACUAUUUUGGUUGGCCACAUUCUAUUCCAUCAGAGUGCUUGACAGCUCAUAUCUGACUUUCAUCAACGUUUCUUCCCGUCUUUAAAUUGAUUUUUAAUUGUUGGUUAUCAUUGAUGAUUUUAGAAUACGCUGUUAGUCAGCGAUUUUUAGACGUCCAUCGUAAAAGUUAGUUGACGUUCGCGUUAGCAGACGAGCUCCAGGGAUGGCGGAGGUUCCUGGGACGUCAAGUGAGACGAUCACGGAGACUGUUCAAAUCAGCACACCGCCACCCCCUCAGCAGGAGGGACGUAGUCUGACAAUUAAGCUAAGAAAGAGGAAAACCGAGAAAAAAGUGGAAUGGUCCAGCGACACGGUCGACAAUGAGCACCUCGGGAGGAGAUCUUCAAAAUGCUGCUGUAUUUAUGAGAAGCCUCGACAGUUUGGCGAGUCAUCCUCCGAAAGCGAGGGAGAUGAUGACGAAGAAGGGUGUGGCAGCGCACACUGUAUCCUGGGCCACGGACGGAGGGAUCACGGACAGAGGGGAGGUGGGGGACCCACGGCGCCCCCAAAGUCUGGAAGGUCUCAUGCUCACUAGAUAGCCCUGUAAAAUGGGUGUUUCGCAGGGUAUUUGGAUGGAGAGAAGGGUUCUUCAUCACAGCAUAACCACAGGCCUACAGUCUUAACCUGAAAGGGAAAGUCAACCUCUAAAUUUUCUUGACAGUAAUCAGUUCUAUGACGCCCUACUAGUCUAAAAUACGGCAUUCCAAUUCAUUUUGCCUUUGUGGAAUCUGAUUGAGUAUGAGUAAAAUCCACCUGUUUUUGCCCAUCUGAGCCAUUUUGCUAAUUGCCGUGGACGGAAAAUGACAUCACAGUUGCUCACGGCCUGGACAACACCCAAUUAUGGUUCAGCUUCGGAAAACAGGUGAGCCGUGAUUGGUCGUUACUUGAGCUCUGAGCAACUGCGAUGUCAUUUUCAGCUGACGGAAAAGUGGCAAAAUGGCCGCCCCCCUGAGAUGGCUAAAAACAAGUGGAUUUUGCCGCUUAACUGAAAUUCAACGAAUGUAAUAUUACUCAGAAUGCCAUGUUCAGACAAGUGGGGCUGUGUAGAACACAUUUCUGUUGACUUCCCCUUUAAGCUCCAUCAUAGAGAAAAACAGCCAAACUUCAUGCUACCUUCCAAGAGCACGACUUGAACCAUCAAGCACACAGAGCCCCAGAUGAAAAAUUUCCAAUCAUCUCUUAAUUAUAAAAAUGCUCCCCAUCUUGACAAGAUGUGUCAGCGAGAUGACGAUUCUUUUUCCGUCACUCAACUAACAUUUACUCCAUACACAUUUAGUCCAUUUGGAUGCACCAUAUUUAUUCUCUUUUUUUGGUAAUAAAACUGAAGAUAUGCACUUACAUCAGGAUUUUUUUUCUCAAGUGUUUUUUUUAUUUUAUCAGUCUUUACGAAUGAAAAAAAAACAUAAUGGCAUUGGAUGACAAAACACAUUAGGGUCCAUUGUUGUGGUCGAUGCACAAUUGUGACAUUCAGUACCGGGGUUCGAUUCCAACUCCGGCCUCCCUGUGUGGAGUUUGCAUGUUCUCCCCGGGCCUGCGUGGGUUUUCUCCGGGUGCUCCGGUUUCCUCCCACAUUCCAAAAACAUGCAUGGCAGGUUGAUUGAACACUCUAAAUUGUCCCUAGGUGUGAGUGUGAGCGUGGAUGGUUGUUCGUCUUUGUGUGCCCUGUGACUGGCUGGCAACCAAUUCAGGGUGGCCCCCGCCUACUGCCCGAAGACAGCUUGGAUAGGCUCCAGCACCCCCCGUGACCCUUAGUGAGGAUCAAGCGGCUCGGAAGAUGAAUGAAUGAAAAAAAAUAUAUAUAUAUAUAUAUAUAUAAAUAUAGAAGGCAGCAUGGAGUUUUGUGUGUUAAGAUCCAAGAAGUUGGAAAAUACAGUAAAAACCUGUGGUGUAUUUUGCGCUUGAUCAUACAGACAUACAUACUUAAGCAAUGGGUUAUUUUGUGGCUCUAUAUUCUAAAGCAAGGUGACUGCGGUCUCAAGUAGUGAUAUUAUCUAUAUAAAAUAUGUCAAAGGAAAAUAAAAACAGCAAAAAUCCAAUGUGAAAGUAUUAAGACGGAUGGUUGGAUUUCGACGGCGUUUUUCAGGAACACAACAGUGCUUUACAUGGCAAGUGGAAAAUUGACAAUAGAAAUGAAGGAUUGUCUUAAAUUAUCAAAUCUUUGACCAUUUCGGUAUGCAACAUCGUAAGGCUUGGGAACGUUUAUUUGAUCAUGACGUCGUCUUAACGGUUGCGUGAAAUUGACUGUUGAGACGUGUGCGACGACGCAUUGUGGAGCAGAAGCACCGUUGAAUCAUUCGCAACAUGUUGGCUGUCUAAAGAACAACACGAAACUCAUCCAGACAUAAUUUUGUACAAUACAACAUUGGCAUCAAAAUAACUUUCAGAGGGGAUAACCAGUCCCAUUUUAUUCAAACCAUUUCAGACAAUCAAAUCGAUUGUGAAUUACGCUAGUGGUCAGUCAAGUGCAAUUUGUCAACUUCCCAUCUUUAAAUAUAAUACAGAUGAUCAAAUUCAACUCAAUACACAACAUUAGGCCUUGGGUUUUAUUUAUGAAUUGAUAUUUGGUACGCGAUAUGCUUUUAGCUUUUCAGCGGACAGAUAGCAUUUUAGGCGCCAUUUUGAAAGAAUGGUGACCACCCUCACUUCAAACUACUCAAGUUCAAAACUAAACAUGAAAAAGACAACAAAACAAGAUCCAUUUGAUUGUAUUGUCGUUGUCCAAUGAGAUAAAUAAAUGCAUGUACUACUGUAUACGUUUUGGGGUCUUGGAUGAUAAAGUACUACAAGAUACACAAUGAGACAUGUUUUCAUUGGACGGCGAUUUAUAUUUAUAUUUGUAUCCAACUCAUCACUUCAUAUUUUUUUUCUCUUGCCUGUGUGAGGUUUUAAUGAACUGAAGUGUUGAUACUAUUCAAAGUGUUCAUUUGCAUGUGAGUUUUCUUUCUUCGGACAGAUAGUCCAACAAAUUAUGAUAUUUUGCAUCUGAAUUAUAAUUUUUUUUGGUUUACUUUGCAGACUGCGAUGAGAGAAGUGUGAUCAUAUUGGACUGAAUAACUACUCAUUCAUUGAACCAAUUUCCUAAUAAUCACCUAAACAUUAAAUUCCUCAGCAUGUUUAAAAAAAAUCUGCAUUCCACAGCCAAGGGGUGAUUUGUGCUUUUUCUGCUGUGCUGUGUUGAGAUUGUGUCAUUUGGGAGUCUUCUCAAAGGUUUCCAUGAUGAGACGUGUAUAUCAAAACAGGAGAAAACGUGAAGGUGCAAUGACAGUCGGCUCAACCUUUUUGCUCUAAUUUUUCGGCUCACAGAGAUUUCACUUCACGAUACGUUCUGCGGAUCACAGACACAUAUACGCACACUGAUUUGAUUUCAACAAUUAUAUUUUAAGUACCUGCCCACAUGCACAGCGAUACACCAUGUACAGUUCAUUGGUCUUGUCCUGGCAAUGCACAUUUCUGUAAAUACAAUUAAGCGUCAUGGAAUCAAACUGAAUGUGAAUUAAAAGUUUUGAACUGUGAUGUAUGUGUGUUACUAAACACAUUUGGAAGUGCAAAAAAAGCAUCAGGACAUAUUUGGAGCGGAAUAAUAGACAAGAAGAAAAAUGUCACGUUUUUAAUGAAAACUGGUAUGUUAACAGGGGACGUUUACUUUCUACAGUUGCUGUUUAAAAAAAAUAAAAAUAAAAUUGACAUUCUGAGCUUAACGAAUACUGAAGUAAUCUGCACAUUCCGAAAAGAAAUUCGAUCCAUUUUAUUCACUAGGAUAUAGUUGUAAAGAGGAUAAAUAGCAUCAGCAUCAUAACUACAUGUGUCCAUAUCCAAGUACAAACAUCUGCUGGGCCAAAAAAAAAAUGCAUUUACGAAAAGCGGUUUUAUUGAACCAAUGGGCAUUCAGUUAUUUAGCAUAUGCCGUUUUCCUCGACUGUCUUAAAUAAUCAGCCUCCUUCAUUAAAAUUCUCUAGGUUCAAGCUUGUAAGAAAUGGAUUGACACGAAGUGGAAAGGUGUGCUGUGGGUCUGACAAAUCCCUCAUUUUGGAAGUCAUGUAUGUCAUGCAUACGGAUUGUUACAAGCGCAAUGUUCAAAAUCCAGCAUCUGUAAAAGCAUGGGGGUGUGUUAGUGCCCAAGGCAUAAGUGUGAUGGCACCAUUAAUGCCGAAAGGAUGCAGGAGGCCCUGUCACGUGACAUGAAAACACAAAAAAUGUGUUUACAUUAUUUUUGCGAAAUACGUCUUUAUCCACACGUCUCAAUAUCCACCUCUUGCUAGAUUAUUUAUCUUGCGACAUUUUAUAGUUUAAAAAAAAAUGUACGUUUUUCAAUUACCAAUUAGCACUUGCGGAAUUUGCAUCCCACCGUUUACCCGCACUUCACUGAAGUUCUUCAAUUUGACAUUCGAGCCCUGGGCAGAAAUCCCAUACCGUCAUGACCACAUUGGAUAUUUGCAAUACUGUACUUUGUUCAAAUUCAACAUUCAGAUUCCCCCGGUCCAAGUCAGCUGUUCGGCAUCAAGAAGGAAUGGUGCGAGGGUGGCGAGCGGAGGGAGCAACCGCCCCUGCCGCCCACCUACUUGACCGUCCGUGACAAAACAACCCGGCGGGGAGCGGUCGGCAAAACUGAAAUCCAAAUGUCGUCAACAUACAACCAAAAACAAAGGAAUUGAUCUUGCUGGACCAACACUUUUGAGGGGGACUGUCUAAUUAGGAUAAUAUUCAGUCAAUUGGUUCUGCAACAUCGUUGUUAUGCCACACAUCAAUUUAGCAUGACUCUUUUUCAUACAAGCCGGGAAAAAAAACAUGCAUCUUGUGAACUUGUUUUUAAUUUCACUUAAUUUAGCAAACAAAUUACAUCUGAAAGAUGGAUGGAUUUUGAUAGUCAUUCCAAACGACAGUGAUGGCUUCAGAGUGUUGGCACACCCGUGAAUUAUCAUCUGCUUUAAGAAUGGUGCAUUUGUCUCUUGUCUCUGAUUGAACUGAAUUGAGUGGUUUAGGUCUUAUUUAGCUGACAGAACCUUUUGUGUCCCAUACUGCCCCACUGUCAUGUGGUGUUCCACAGGGUUCAAUUCUGGGGCCUCUGAUGUUCUCACUGUUGAGUACAACGCAUGAUGAACUGAUCAAGGCAACUACUAACACAAAGUAGUCAAACUAGACUCUAAUUUAUUCAUAUCAAAACCCUCUUUUCACAGCUACUUCACUCUUGUUUGAUAAGGUGUGAAUGAACAAACAAUCGAGAAACAGACAUGAAGUGGAGAUCUGUAACCAUAGUUACAGACAUCAAACACACUGUAAAGGUGGUGACAAAUCUGCCAAGUGAUGAUAUAGUCAACGUUAUAACAUAUUUAACAACAGAUUAGUGCCAGAAUGCAGGUGCCUAUGGGGGUGGGGGACUACAGCGGAACCUCUAAAGUUGACCGCAGCAAAGGUGGGAUAAUUUGAAGCCUGCUUUUUUUUGUGGUUUGCUUUUUGCAUCAUUUUUGAAAAAAUAUUUAACUCCAGCAAUGUCAACAAAACACCACGGUGACAGCACUGAAGUAAAUUUGCCCGUGGCGAACAGUGAAAAAAAAAACAAUUGAAGCAUUAGAUGAAGAUAGAAAUUUUGCUUUGAAAUGACAACCUGGAAGUCAACAAGUGUGACUGAACUGUACAAAUAUUCGACUUUUGAGGUUCCACUUGAGGCUUUGAAAGGAAAACAAAAGCUGCUCCAUGUGAUCUGUUGUCUGAUAUGAUACGAUGUUAAGCCGAGAUUUGAUUUCCUUGUUGAGUUUGCAGGUCAUGACUCAGAACAACAACAACAACAAAAAAAGCGUCUCUGCCGCUUUCCACCAUAAAUUGUUGGGAUUUGCCUUAAUAUAGUGGCUCUUACUUUGGUGUCCUUUGUACAUUUGAACUAUGUGGCUCUUAAUUCCACCAAAUUACACACACACACAUGGUCAUUGAACUCCAUGAAAAAGUAUACACAAACAAAACAACUGCAAAAAGACAAAC